AUCCCACCAGUGAGGCGGCGAUGAAGUUGACACAUAAGCAGGUGUUGUCCCGCGCAAAGGCUUCUGAUCUGGAGAACGUCAGAAAGCUAAAUUGCUGGGGAAGCCGCCUUACUGAUAUUUCAGUAUGCCAUGAGCUCCCCAACAUUGAGGUCAUCACAUUGAGUGUAAAUAACAUAUCAACUCUGGAACCAAUCAGCUACUGUCACAACCUCACUGAGUUGUAUCUUCGAAAGAAUAAUAUUUCCAGUCUAAAUGAACUGAACUACCUAAAACCGCUUCCCAGGCUGAAGAUUUUAUGGUUAUCGGAGAACCCCUGUUGUGGUGCCGACCCUCAAAAAUAUAGAAUGACAGUUCUUCGAAACCUUCCAAAUCUUCAAAAACUCGACAAUCAAGUGGUGACAGAAGAGGAACUUACUCAAGCCCUUACAGACGGUGAAGAGUUGACAGACCCUCAAACAAAAAUAUCAAAUUCAGACAACACUCUUGUAGAGUCAUCUACAGACCAAAACUGCAGUACCAGAGAGUCGGAAAAUGAUUUGCUGAACUUUAGCAUGGAAGAAACUAACAAAAUUCGUGAACAACUAGGAAUGAAACUUCUCACCAGGGACAAAUUUUCUUCUUUCUCAUCACCAACGGAUGGAGAAGGUGGCAGAAAGAAAAGGAACAACAUUCUUAAUGCAGUCUUGUUACUAUUGAAAGACCUGGACACUGAAGGACUGGAAAUUGUUCAGAGAACGGCAGGACAGAGACUUCACCAGUUACAAAAGCGAGAGCUCCAACAGGAAAGUUAAGAUGUUCAAGUGCAAAAACCAAGGCACUAUUUCAAAGCUAAUUGUGCACAUACAAAGCUGAAGUCAUGCAACUUUUGCUGUUUGUUCUGCCUUGAAACAACCUUACAAAGUAACUCCUCCAAAUGCCAUUCCACCUAUUGCAGAGAAGGCGUAGAUAUUACCUAGGAGUGGAUCCGCUACUGAAAUAAUGCAGUCAGUAUAUACAAUACCAUCUGCAGUGUCAGAAUGCUGUUAUUAUUAAUGUAAUUUAAUAAGAAGGUAAUUGAAUGCAUAUCAUUAACCCCAUUCCUAAAAUGAGCAAUAAAAAUUAAAAUGUUAUUAAUUUUAUUGACAUACCAUUUGUUUGUCCUCUGUAUGUAAAAAUCCUAUCUUUUUUUUUAAAGUACUAUAUUUAGUGCUGUUCUACUCCACUUCUACACAAAGUCAUGCUUAGUCUCUUGUGCUCAGUGGAGCUCUAGAUUUUAUAGUUUCAAACUCUUAGCAAAUUUUUUUUUCAAUCAAAUUUUCUAGAAAUGGUGCCAAAUUUUAGAAAGUGCUGAUGAUUUGGUCCCUGGGUCAACAAUAAGGGGCCUGUGCCGUAAAAACUGACCAAUGGCUUACAUCCUGGUCAUGAUACAUUUAUGGUUAGUAUUGAUUAUUACAUUGUUAACCAUAUGGGAACAUUUCAGUUUAUUUUCGUAUUUAGUUUCAACACUCUCAUAAAAGGGGAUGUAAAGGCAAAAAAUAAAAUCCCGUUUUUACUUUCUUUAAUGAAAAAGAAAUCUAUCUCUAAUAUACUUUAAUUGAAAAAAUGUGUACCGUUUUUAUAAUAAACACAGUAUGCAGUGAAA